GGUGCAGCAGCCGCCACGAUGCAGAUUUUUGUGAAGACCCUUACAGGGAAGACCAUCACGCUCGAGGUUGAACCCUCGGACACUAUAGAAAACAUAAAGGCCAAGAUCCAGGAUAAGGAAGGAAUUCCUCCUGAUCCGCAGAGGUUGAUCUUGGCUGGUAAGCAACUGGAAGAUGGCCGUACUUUGUCUGACUGCAACAUUCAAAAGGAGUCCACUCUCCAUCUCGGGCUGAGACUUCGUGGUAGGGCUAAGAGAAGGAAGAAGAAGUCUUACACCGCCCCCAAGAAGAAUAAGAAUAAGAGGAAGAGGAAGGUGUGCUUGGAAUACUAUAAGGUGGAUGAAAAUGGCAAAAUCAGCCGACUUCGUUGGGAACGUCCUUCUGAUGGAUGCGGUGCUGGCGUUGUCAUGGGCAGUCCCUUUGACAGGCAUUACUGUGGCAAGUGUUGUCUGACUCAGUGCUUCAACAAACAAGAGGACAAGUAG